GAAAGAUCGAUAUCAAUCGAUAUCAUCGUUAAUUUUGCUGGAAUCGAUGAAUUUCGUCUGCACGAGUUUAGGAACUCGGUUGCGGGGAGGCGAACGUUCCCAGGAAUUACGUCAGUCGACUGCAGGGGCUGGAGGACCUAAUUAACAGAUUUCCUUCGCGAACCUUCUCCAGGGAAUAUCUCCUCAAUUAAGGAAACACCAAAAUUCUGAUUGUCAUCGGUUCCGGAGGCUAUUGACGACUACAACAAGGCUAACGCAAAUGACUGGUAAUUUUCCUUAGUAAAUUGUGAAGGUCGUGGACAAGUGGAGAAACUGGGACACUUGUCAAAAUAUCUCAUGAUGUGACUGUCAAUACUGGAUUUAGACGCCGUCCCAUCCCUAGUUGGCUUCGAAUCUCCAAAUUUCGGUGCUCUCAUGAUUUUUUUCGUUCACCAACGUAACCAGGCAGUGGCUUUCAUCUUCUUUUUACCUCAGAAACUGAAAUUUUAUAUGAAUUCCAUGAAUUGUUACUGAGGAACGAGAUCUUUUGAUCAGGAUUCGUGGAAUAUGAGGUUAAGUACCACCAUCCUACGGAUAUUUUAAUGUUGAAUCAAUACAUAAUUAAUUAUUAUUGAUCUGACCUACGUGUUCGCUCCUCUGAUUCAAUAAUUAAAGAUUAUCCAAUGCAAGAAUGACUCUUAAAUUCGCUAGUAAUUUGAGUUUCAUGUUCACGGAGUGCCCCAGUAUAAUAGGAAGAUAUCAGUUGGCUAAGGAUGCGGGUUUUCAAGCUGUCGAGAGUGGAUUUCCUUUUGGAUAUUCAGUACAGCAAGUGACGCAGGCUAAGGAAGCCGCCCAAGUUGAUCAAGUGCUGAUAAAUGUCUUCACGGGGGACGUGGCCAAAGGAGAAUUGGGAUUUGCGGCGAUUCCUGGGAAAGAAGAAGAGUUUAGGAAAAGCAUUCAGCUGACGAUUGACUAUGCAAAGGCUUUAAAAUGCUCGAAGAUUCAUGUGAUGGCAGGAAUCGUGGAGAAUCCCUCCCCAGUCAAUGACACUGUUUACGAAUCCAAUCUACGGUAUGCGGUAGAUAAAUUCGCGAAGGAGGACAUCGUUGGGCUUAUUGAACCCAUUAAUGGUUAUUCAGUACCCAAUUAUUACAUGAAUUGUUAUGAUAAAGGUCUUGCGCUUGUCAAGAAAAUCAACAGCCCUCACCUGAAGCUCAUGUUCGACAUUUUUCACUUGCAACAUAUCAAGGGGAAUAUAACAAAUGUGAUUAAGGAGAAUUUCCAGCACUUAGGACAUGUCCAAGUGGCUCAGGUACCCGACAGACACGAGCCGGAUACGCCAGGCGAAUUGGAUUACAGGUACAUUCUCUCGGUUCUUGAAAAACUUGGUUACACAGGGCAUAUUGGAUUGGAAUAUAAACCCAAAACAAAGUCUGUUGAGGGACUGAAGUGGAUCCAUAACUUCGGAUACUCUCUGUAGAUUUUUGUACGAUUUAUUUUUCUAUUAAAUAAACAAUUAUCACGAA